UCUUGAGAAGGGAAAGUUAAAUAAGAAAGUGAGAGAAAGCUGUACUCUCUUGUUCUGGGUUUUCAUCUCCCUCUCAGAGAUGGAUUUUCAUGAUAUGAAAAGAAGGGAACUUCAGAAGUUAUGCAAGGAACAUAAUAUACCUGCAAAUUUGAGUAAUUCGGAUAUGGCUGAAAAGCUUUCAUCUAUGUUCAAGGUUCAAGAAAAUGUAGAGGAAAGGCCCAUGAGGAAAACAAGGUCAUGUUUGAAGAAUUCUGAUGAAAUGUUGAGUGAAAAUGAGUCUGAUGUUUUGAAGAGGAAAUCGAAGAAAGUUAGGUUUAGUCCUCAGAAUGAUGUGUUUCAGCUUGGGGGGAAAAAUGGAAGGGCUUCUGUUGUGGAUAACGAGGGUGGUGCCAGUCAGCUUAUCAGGUGUAGGGCGAAGUUGGCCAAGACGAUUAUGAUAAGUCCUGUUGUGAAGAAGAGAGGUAAAAGGGCUGUGCAGGAAGUUGAGGAGGAGGAUGUUGUUGAAAAUAAGGGUGAUACUAGUCGGGUUACUAGGACUAGGGCAUCAUUGGGUAAGAGUGUUGUGAUCUCAAGCCCUGUGGUUAUGAAGAAGAGAGGUAAAAGGGCUUUGCAUGAGAAUGAGAAGCGGGAUUUGGCUGUGGAAAAUAUUGGUGGUGCGAGUCGGGUUACUAGGGCUACAGCAUUGUUGGGCGAAAAGGUAUUGACAAGUCCUGUGGUUAUGAAGAAAAGAGUUAAAAAAGCCGUGCAAGAGGAUGAAAAGGAGGAUUUACUUGUUGAAAAUAAAGGUGCUGCAAGUCGGGUUACUAGGGCUAGGGCAAGUAAUCAGGUUUUGAUAUCUAGUCCUGUGGUUAUUAAGAGGAAAGGUAAAAAAAUCAUGCAAGAGGAUGAAAAGGAGGAUUUGGUGGUUGAUAAUAAAGGUGCUCCAAGUCGGGUUACUAGGGCUAGGGCAGGUAAGCAGGUUUUGAUAUCAAGUCCUGUGGCUAUGAAGAAGAGAGGCAAAAAGGCAGUCCAAAAGGAUGAAAAGGAGGAUUUGGUGCUUGAAAAUAAAGAUGCUCCAAGUCGGGUUACUAGGGCUAGGGCAGGUAAGCAGGUUUUGAUAUCAAGUCCUGUGGCUAUGAAGAAGAGAGGCAAAAAGGCAGUCCAAAAGGAUGAAAAGGAGGAUUUGGUGCUUGAAAAUAAAGAUGCUCCAAGUUGGGUUACUAGGGCUAGGGCAGGUAAGCAGGUUUUGAUAUCAAGUCCUGUGGCUAUGAAGAAGAGAGGCAAAAAGGCAGUCCAAAAGGAGAAAAAGUGUGGCAGUACUUUGUCUCUGGUUGUUGAUUUAACUGAUCUAGCUGUUAAAGAAGAAAAGGAAGUGAUCACUGUAAAAUUUUUGAGGAGCAGAAAGGUUGAAAAUGUUGUGUCUCCGAAGAAUCUCACCAGGAAGCGGAAUACACAAAAUAAAAGUGAGGGUGUUAAUGUGGAAGUUUUGGAAAACAAAGAUGCUGAAGAGGGUAUUACUCAGACGAGGCGAUCAAAGCGCAACAGGAUGGAGUUGACACAGGUUGAACCAUUAGAAGAAAAUUUAGAUGGAACUGUAAAUGCUGGAAGGAGAAAUAUCACAAGAUCCAGGAACCAGUUUCAAGCUAAAGCUCCUAACGUUGUUAGAGAAUCUGAAACUAGAGAUGCAAGGGAGGAAGCAAAGAAAGUGGUCGUCCAAGUUAAAGAGCCUUUACGGCGCUCUGGUCGACAUGUUAACACAGCUGGUGAUGUUGAAAUGCCUAUAAGAUCUGAUAAAUCUACUUGGGGCCAAACUAGACAUGGUACUAAGAGGAAGUCAGUAAUGCCCCAGAUGAAGAAAGCAAAAUUAGAAAAGCCUGUUGCAGGUAAUUUAGGGAUGAAAAAUAAUGACCCCUUAAAUGAAUCAACAAAGCCUAUUGUGAUCAAAAAAGGUUCUGAAACAGGACAUAUCAGGAGAUCAAAAAGGAAUGCAUCAGGGGAUGGUUCAAUUUCAGAUAACGCAAAUGGUAGUGGCACUGAUAUUAAAACGUGCACGACAAAGAAGCGAAAACGAGAUGCAGUUCCGGAAGAAGUGCCUUCGCAGCACACUGGUAGACGUGUAAACAGGAAAGCUGAUAAUAUUUCUGACAAGAUUGAGGGAAAAACACCAAUUGCUUCAGAACCCCGAACGAGGUCUGGAAAUAGGCAGAAUUCUCAAAUGCCCUCGGCUAGGAAGUUAAACAUGUCAGGUAAUUGGAGACCCAAUAGAACUACUGGAGAGAAAGCUUCACCUCGCCAUACAAGAGAACUUUCUUUGGUGCCAAAACAUUCUGCAACUGGGGUAAAGCAAUCAAAAAUAGUGUCUGAAACACCGGCAAGGUCUGGCAGUGGGAAGAAGUCAUUCGAUCACACGGCCAAGAAAUUAAUAGUUUCCGGUAAUACUGAACUACAUAAAUCUGUCAGAGAUAAAGAAGAAUCACCUCACCAAUCUAGAGAUAUUUCUUUGGUGCCAAGAUGUUCUGAAACUGAAUUAAAAUUAAGGGGAUCGAGAAGUAAGCAGACUCCUGUUAUUAGUGAGCAUCCUAGAAGAUUCACACGUAGUGCCCUAAAAGGCAAAACUGAUGGACAAGCACGUGUAAGGGAAAAAAUAUAUCAGAAGAAGUCACAGAGUGUAUCGAAGCUACCACUUUCAAAGCUAGAAUCUUCUUUACCCAAAGUAAUUUCGGCAAGUGAAGGGCUUGAUGUUGAUGUUCAGUUUCAGUCCUCUAACCCGGAAGUUGACAGAAGAACUAAUAAUUUAGCUGCAAAUGCCAGUGACUUUCCUGAGGAUAAAGCUGCUUGUUCAACUCCUCAAGGCGGUUCUGCAAAAACACAUAGCAUGGAUCUUAACUUGCAGGAAUCUGAAGGUCCUGAAAUGAUCAAUAUAGAGGGGAUAUCUUCUUCUGAUGCUUUGAAGUUGCGGAGUGGUCAUGCUGAGCUCGAAGUGGAUAUUUCUGCUAGAGAGCAAGCUCAUUCCCCUGGUGAAAGACCAGCUAGUCAUGAUGUGCACUCAUCCAUACCUCAAAUUGCAGGAUGCAGUAGUGAUCCUUUAUUUGAUACAAGUAAUAGUUGCGGGGGACUUGAUUCGUAUGCGAUACUGCAGGACAGUGCUACUGAGGGCAAUGAUAAGGCUCCUGUACAUAUUGAGCCUGCCGAAGGCUUGCAUGUCUCAGGAGAUGUAGCUUUCAUUGACAGGAACUCCGUUGAUGAUGGCUUCGCAUCAUUAGAGCAGAUAAAAUCAAAGGGAAUGGAAGUAAAUCCUCAAAAGGUCAAACAUGUAGAACCAAGUUCUGAAGGGAUCACUAAUGUUGUACUUGAAGGAUCUACUGUUCAUGAGGAGCAGUCCAUGAACCAAUUCCUGUUCCCUGAAGAUGGGUGCUCUACAAUUUCUCUUUCUCAAACUGGUGAUGUUGAUGAAGACAAUACUAAUGCAACACAGCCUAAAAACUCUUCUGAGUCCAAUGUUGCAAGUCCUCAUUUGGCUCAUUUGAAGACAGAUGAUGCUGGUAUGGAUGCGUUCCCUGUUGGAACUAAUGCAUUAGCCGAUAUUUCACUUGUUGACCAGUCAACUUCAAGAAGAGAUGAAGAAAGUCCACAGCUAAGCAAAGAUGUAGAAUCAAUUUUCAAAGGGAUAGAUCUUAAUAUAGUUUUUCAAGGAUCUGCAGUUCACGAAGAUGAACCUGUUAACCUGUCCCCCUUGGCAGAGGUUGCAGAAAUCACUGAUAAUCCUGUUACUGCUAACAGUGAUACUGCCUGUGUAACUCGGCAAGAAGGUCUUACUGAGAUUGAUGCUAAAAGUCUGUGGCCAGAAAUUACUGAGCAUCCUGUUACUGCCAACAGUGAUUCUGCCUGUUUAACUCGGCAAGAAGGUCCUCCUGAAAUUAUUGCUAAAAGUUCUCCCCUGGUUCAAAUUGAGUCAGUGGACAAUGCAGAUAUUAUUGGGGAUGUAGGCGUCAUAAAUGCUGGAACUGUAUUUGAUAACCUUUUCAAUGUGGAGCAAAUAAAUUCGUCAGCCAUUAAAGAAAAGCUAGAAGUAAGCAAUUAUGUGAAUUCUGUUGUUGCUGAUGGAUCUACCGUUAAUGAGGAAAAGUUAACUGCAGAAGUUAGUGAUUGUGGCCCAACCGGGCAAGAACUGGGUAUUUGCAACCACCCUGCUGAAUUUGCAGAAAGCAGUGAACUUGAUAAAGAUUCCAGAAGUUCUUAUGAGGAACUUGGUGAAGCUAGUUACGCUUAUCUUAAUAAUCAAACUGUCUCUAUGAUCUUCACAGAGGAGAAAGAUGAUACGAGGCACCUUGAAAUAUCCGAGCAAGCUGAUGAACCGCACAACAGAAGUUCAGAAUUAGGAAGUCAGGAAAAUGUAUUAGUGUGUGCUAGGGACGAGUCUGAAAUUAGUGAAAUGGUGAACAUGCUCGAUUCUACUACCAGGGAAUUGAGUAAUAUGCCAGAAUAUAUUUCAUCCCAAACUUCUGAUCACAACAAUGGAGGGAAGUGUAAAGAAAAUAAUCUUAGUUCAUCCAGCAUCACUUUAAUGACAAGUGAAGGUCAGGAGUUUAAAUCAGUAAUCAUUGGAGGGAGAGAAGUGGAGGAAACAGUAUUUGAAGAUAUUAAGGAAAAUGAGUCUAAAAGAACUUCAAGCACGUAUAAGGGUGAUGCACAUAAAACUCUAGACGUGGAGGGAGAACCGGACUUGCAGAAUAUCAGUUCUGAAAGAACACCAGUCAUCUCAGAAGAUGACAUCAACAGAGAUGGAAUUGCGUGCCCUUUGAUUGUUCAAAAAUUCCCUUCCAGUGCUGACGAUCAUUGUCACACACCAUCAGAUGACAGUUGUGGGAAGGAGCAAGAUACAGACAUGUCCAUGGUGAAGAGUAGCAGAAACUUUGGCAAAGAGCUUUUCAGUGAGCAUGAUAUUUGUCGACCAUUAAAGGCCAGUUGUGGGAAGGAGCAAGGUACACCCAUGUCCAUAGUGAAGAGUAGCAAAAACUGUGUUGAAGGUUUUUCCAGUCAGCAUGAUAACGUCAUUGAGCAUGUAAAUAUCUGUUGUGCUGACACCUUGCCUCAGGCCAUCUGUGAAGAUUUUGCAGGGUGUGAUAACCAAAUGGUUACUGACCUUAUGGGAAGCACUGGCAGGGGAAUAAGCAGGACAGGUGCCCUUAACAAUGAAAAAUUGGAAGAAACUGAUAUGAAUGAUGGUGAAACUGACAACAACGUAAAAGGGAUCUGUCAAGAGAAUGAUGAAAGUUCUAUUCUGGUGCAGAUGGAUGUUGACACCAACAAUGUUGAAAGUUCAAGAGAGAACCUUCAAGGAUGUGACCAAGAAGUUGAUGCUUCAGAAAUGCUAAAGAAGGAACUACAAAGUUAUGCUGAUACAAUGCAUUCUGAUGCACUUCUUAACUUGCAAUAUGGUGGUGAAAGAGUAACCUCUGAGCAGACAAGCGAAGCCCCAGCAGGAGUUCGCAUAGAGGAACUCCCAGUUGAAGAUGCCAAUGCACCUGUUAGCUUACAAUAUGGCCAUGGAGAGACAAAUGAAGAUCAAGCAGAAUGUGGACCUGAAGAUUUACAUUUCUUUUCCGGUAUUUUUUAUCCAGAGCACAAGUCAAGAUCUGAUAAAAUGGUACAAGAGGACCUUCCUUUAUGGUAUGAAGAUACUAGUUUUAUACCAGAGAAGAGUGAGGUUGCUGAAAAAGAGGUAGAUAUUUUCAUAGCUUCCAUGACGGAAGAGCAACUGCACAAUUCAGGGGAAGAACAUUCCCGCGAAAAAGGUCCAGAAUCAAUAGAAAAUGAGCAUGAUGAUAUUACAGUGGAAUUCAGUGUAAAUACUCCCGGUGAAUCAAACUCCAAAUCUGAAACAAACAGGGAUGCACAUCAAAAAGUUGAUUGUCAUGACAAUAAAUUCGGUGAUGAUCUUACAAGGAACGGAAGCUGAUAUAGUCUGGAAUAUGGAUUUAACUAGGUUGAUUUUGCGUUUUGUGUGCUUGUACAGCUGACAUGUACAAGCUGUAAAUCAUGUGAAGGAUAUUCUUGUACUUGUUUUACCAGUACAUAUUGUUUCCUGGGUGUUAACUCAAACUUCUAUGUAGAUGCUAAUUUUCGUACUUUAUAAACAGUUUGUAGCAUGUC